CACUUCUUCCAUUUCGUUACUUACUUCACUUCUUGAUGCCAUCAUGGACGCAUCAACAUUGCCACAUCAGCCUGAUAUACUUGCUAUCGCAAGGGAGCAGCUCGGCCUUCAGAAACACGCGAAGGACGCGUCUAUUCCCAAGUCUUAUCUCACAGCACUUCGUCGGCAUCUAGAUAUAGAUCCUUAUGACACCAACUUCAGAGUCACGUUGCAACCAAAGACUGGAUAUGGUGUGAUCACAUGCCUGGAGCAGGCUUGCGCCACCAUCAAUAUCCCGUUGAAUGCCAGAUCCGGCCGCUCGGAUGGCAAAGCAGAAGGUUUUGGUAGUUUGGCCAAUUAUGCGGUCCAUGCUAGUAUACCCAAGCACAAACAGGCGAGGCUUUUGCGCGUCAAAACGCUUCAUGCGAAGAACGCGAUCAAGAACGAAACCCCAAAUGUACAUGUGCCAGACAUCGCCGUUGAUACAAAGCCGCCGCGAGGUGGUUUGUUGGCACAGCUCGAUGCAAAUUUGAAUGUAAAUAGUCUGUCCAGCACAAGUGCAUCUGCGCCACGAGCCCCUUCAUUGAGAGCCUUCGUGUCAUUACCGUUGGGGCGCAAAAAUGCUGGGACUGCCAUAAAGCCUGAGCCGACUGACGCUGUCAUUCCUCGCAAGCGCACUUCUUCGUCUCUCAUGUUUCUUGGUGCGGAGAACGAGGAAGACAAAUCUGGUGUUUCCACUCUCCCUAUAUCUAAGCGCACAAUUCUCCACCUGUCCAAGGCGCCUGUCAAUUCUAACACGCAGCCUUCGCAAGGCCACAAUCCUGUACAGCUCGCAGAUCAAAAGGCUGUGCUUCCUGUGGCCCACCAGCCAUCCUUGCACCGCAGUUCUGAUGAAACCCAUUUAAGAAUCGCCAACAUUCAGAACAACCUAAGCUCCCUAGCCAAGCUUUCUAAAUUGACGAAAGACAGGACCGUCGAUCAAGGAACUUCCGCUAUGAUAUCCCUAGUCCCUCGCCACAAUGGCGACAAUGCUGGAUAUUCUUAUCCAACUUUUAACCGCCAACCUAUUGCAUCGGGAUCCCACGUUCGUCUCAGCGUUGCUAUGGGGUUGGACACAGACUUAGAGGACGAUUGGGAGCUGCCCAAUAUCUUCAGCGGUGCUGGUACUCAUGACACACGCUUUGACGAGGAUGGCGACUUCUACGGUAGAGGUAAAGAUUCGUUUAUCGGACCGACUGCAAAUCCGGGCGAUAUCAACAAGUUUUUGAUUGCUGCUGGCAAUGCGGAGCAAUUCGAUGGCAAUGCCAGUGUCGACAAGGCCCUCGAAAAACUCGGAUUGAAGAGCCUGUACAAUUUUCUUCCAGGAAUGGCUAUUUCUUUGCUGGCUCACCAGGUUAUCGGCGUCGCAUGGGCGUUGGAACGCGAGAAAUCUGGCGACAAGGGAGGCUGUUUGAGCGAUGAGAUGGGCCUGGGGAAGACGGUGCAAAUAAUCUCGGUGAUCGUCGCCAACCCCUCCAAUGAUCCUAGAUGCAAGACGAACCUUAUAGUUGCUCCGUUGGCCUUACUGGAACAAUGGAAGCUUGAGAUCGAGAUGAAGACCACCAACAAUUUGAAGUGCCUCAUUUACCAUGGCUCCAACAAACCCCGCAAGAAAACCGACUUGAUGAAAUACGAUGUCGUAUUAACUACCUAUCAUACUCUUGCACUGGAAUGGCCAGACUCGGAGGCAGAAGAAAAGGCGAAGCAGAAGGCUCAGAAGCGCCAGAGGAAGACCGAUUCCUUCAUCGAAAGCGAUUCGGGGGGUGACAAGAAACCUAAAAAGAAAAAGAGAGAAUUGGGGCUUCUCUUUCAAGUCCAAUGGUACCGUGUUAUUCUUGAUGAAGCACAGAACAUUCGCAACCGGCGCACAAGAAUAUCUCGCAGCGUCAUCGAUCUUGACACGAUCUACCGCUGGUGCCUCACAGGCACUCCCAUUAUCAACGGCCUAGUUGAUGCAUAUGCGCUAUUUCGCUUCCUUCGCUUCCGUCCUUGGUAUGAUUGGCACGAAUUUAAUGGGCACGUCUCCAUUAUCGAGAGAAAGAAUCCUGAAUUGGCCAGCAAGAGACUCCAAGCUAUCUUCAUAUCAAUUAUGCUGCGUCGCAAGAAGGAUUCAAUGUUAGACGGCAAGAGACUGAUCGAACUUCCCACAAAACACGUAGAAAUGGAGAAACUAGAUUUCUCCAAGGAAGAGCGCGAAAUAUACCAGAUGGUCGAAGCUCGCUCCCAAGCUAAGUUCAAUCGCUUUCUCCGCGCUGGCACUGUCUUGAAGUACUGCACCAUUUCGCUAAGUCAAGUGUCGUUAAUGACUCGUUUAAAAACAGUCCUUGUGAUGCUUCUGCGUCUUCGACAAGUGUGCUCCCACCCCGCUCUUAUUCAAGAGACUUCCGAAGCCCUUCUUGCAGCAGAUCAGUUGGAUGGUGGGCAUGAUCUCAAGGCUGAGCUGACCCGCGCAGCUCGAGUGGUGUCAUCAGAUUUCGUCACGAAGCUGAAAGCAAAAUAUUUCCAAUGCGCGCUGGCACGUAUACAAGCAGAAAAGGAGUCCCUGGAUGCCACUGCCGAUGGUGAGGAAUGUCCCAUCUGUAUGGAUGCAUUCACCGAAGCACGUAUAACGGCAUGUGGUCAUACCUUUUGUCGCGAGUGUGUUGCCAGCGUCCUUAAUACUCCCUUUGUCCAAGACGCACAGGACCCUCGUAAAUACCGUAGUAAUGAGAAGCCUUGUCCUAGCUGUCGCGCUCCCAUUUCUGCAGAUGUUAUUUUCAUCCGCGAAGCAUUCGAACCCACUGAUACUGAGUUGUCGGGAGAUAUAUUGGCGUCUUCCGAUGAUGAAAUGCCCGAGAUCUCUGAGAUGAUACUUCAGGGAUCGAAAGGCAAAGGCGGGGCUAGGCGCAUCCGUAAAAAGCGUGCUGUGUGCGACUCGGAUGAUGAAUCAGAAGAUGAUGACGACGACGACAUGAGUGAUUUCAUUGUCGAGGAUGGCGAGGAUGAAGAAGAGAAGGAUGCCAGGCGCAACAUCAAGAAACGUCUGAGAACGCGCCGCGCAAUAGUCGUCGAGUCUGAUGAUGAACUUGACGCAGACGAGAGAGACGUGGUCAUAGGCAGAAACCCUAGGCAGGUGCCUGCUUCCACUGGUGAAGUUAGAAUGAUGUCGCGUUUCCUUCCUUCUACAAAGAUGAAUCACAUGAUAGAACAUCUAGAGAAAUGGGCUAAGCAAUAUCCCGGAGACAAGACCAUAAUCAUAUCGCAGUGGACCGAAUGUCUCAAACUCGUCUCCGACUUCCUUGUGGAGAAGAAAGUACCCCAUGUCAAGUAUCAAGGGUCGAUGAGUCGCAGUCAAAGGGAUCAGGCUGUCCGAGUCUUCAUGACGGGCAAUACUGCACAGGUCAUGCUUAUGUCUUUGAAAUGUGGAGGUGUUGGGUUGAAUCUGACAAGGGCCAAUCGCGUCAUUUCACUGGAUCUUGGCUGGAGCGAAGCGAUCGAAAGCCAGGCGUUUGACCGAGUCCACCGUCUAGGUCAACAGAAAGACGUCUUCGUACACAGGUUGGUCAUUGCCAAUACUGUCGAGGAUCGUGUUCUUGCUCUUCAGGAGCGCAAGCGAAACCUUGCGGAUGGCAGCCUUGGUGAAGGCUCUGGAAAGAAGAUUGGCCGUAAGUAUUCGCCAUGAGUCUUGGAGACGUUGCUCAUAGGCACUUUUGAUUGCAGGGAUGAGUGUCCGUGAACUAGCAAAUUUGUUUGGUCUCGACCACCGAGGCAACCUUCUUUGAUGAGACGCAUAAUACCACAUAACCCGAAAACUUUUCACGCAUUGUGAAUGCUUCAUUCUUUUCCUGCUAUUGGCGCUGCUGUAAAAUUGUUCUGGCGGUUAUCAUUAUCCUAAUUCAUCGAACUUGUAGACUUAUACCUCGCACAUAUACUUAUACCUUAGAUCCCGUUGGUCUUUUGCAGUCCUGAGUUAGUUAUGGCUAUCAAUGUAUAAUUUUCAAAGUUUCUUGUUGCAGAUAGGAGCUACAAUAGUAGUAGCGUAGUUGGCCGAUCGAAAUUGUUUGCUGUUCAAGCUCAUGAAGCUACCUUGUGCUCGUUGCACGCAAAGUCUAGAGCGAGGU